UAUGCCGCCCGUUCGCAGCCAUGGCCAACAGCCUUUCCCAUUCCACUUUUUGCAUAUGAUGCAGAGCUGAGGCUAAGACAAGGUAAUGAGGCAUUUCAAAAGGAUGGAACACUUCUGUCAAUUCCCAGAGACAUGAAGAUUGAAAUUCUUGAGAAACUUGCAGAAACUAUAUACUCAUACAAAGCCUAUCCUGGGAAUGAAGAGAUUGAAAGUGUAGCAUCUGCCUUAAUUGAAAAACACCCCUGUCUCAAAGAGCCAAGCUCCACAUCUGGAUGGUAUGGGUGGAAAAUAAGUAUCAAGUUCAAAAUGGGCAACUACAGACAAAAGCUGAGAGAUGCAGGUUGUCAGGAACUGAAAGUAAAUUCUGAAAAGAGAGGUCUUGGGGAGACAAGAGGAAAGCGAAACAAAGUUAAGAAACCUAGACGGUGUGAAACCAAUUUUCUUCCAGAUCUACCUCAGGGCAAAGACCGGGAAGGUCUAGACAAGGAAAGAGACCAAAUAGCUGUGGAAAUGACGAAGAGGACUCCAGACAUCAUCUUUGUUGAUGCUGCUAUGAGCAGCACGUAUUUUUUGAGAAGACAAGAAGUCAUUGAGGAGGAGCCACCAGUGUCACAAAUGAAAGUCCGAUGGCCAGCACUUUUCACAGAGAGAGAGAUCAGCAAAGAAUUCACCAGGCUUGUGUCAAAGGACCUGAGCAAGUCCUUUUUUGAAGGCCUAGAUCAGGAGUCUUCAACUAAAAUUGCUUGAGGUCCAGUAAACAAACCCUCUUGCCAGUCGAGGUCCGGACAAUUAAAUACCUAAAAUCAUGAAUUGAUGGUUUUUGGCAGACCAAAGAA